AUGGCGGCCGUCGCCAGGGUCGCGGCCCUGCGCGGCAACUUCGUCCGCGCCCACAAGCCCAAGACGGCGGAGCAGCGGCUGCAGGAGGUGGUGAGGAGCCCAGCCUUCCAGGUCCUGGUCGACACCGUGGUGGUCGCCAACGUCCUCGUGGUCGGCCUGGACCUGGACGCUGGCUCCUCGGCGCCGCUGCUGUUCGAGCUCCUGCGCCACGCCGUCGUCGGCCUCUACGUGGCCGAGAUGUGCCUGCGGCUCGCGACAGAGGGCACGGCGUUCUUCACGCUCUGGCCCCUGGCCGCCGCCCGCCCCAUGAACAUCUACGACCUCGUGAUCGUCACGCUCGCUGUCGUGGACAUCUGGAUCCUUCAGCGGGUGACGUGGCUGUGGAGGGUCAGCAUCGCCCGCUCCGUCCGCCUGCUGCGCAUCUGGAGCGUGGCGCAGCACUUCCCCGUGCUUCACGACCUGUGGCUCGUUCUCACAGGCCUGGCGCGCGCGGGCAAAGCGUUGGUGUGGCUGGGGCUGCUGGUGUCCGGGGUCCUGUUUGCGUGCGGCGGCGCCUUCCGGGGGCUGCUCGGAGACCUGGGAGACGUGGAGACUUGCGAGGGUGGUCCCGGUAUGGAUUGCAUAGACAAGCACGAGUUCUUCGGCUCCGUGUCGCGCGCGGCGCUGACGUUGCUGCAGCUGGCCACGCUGGACAAUUGGGCGUCGCACGUGGUGCGGCCGCUGAUGAACACCAGCCCGGGCCAGGUCCGCGGCGGGCUGGCCAGCCGAAGUGCUGGGAGGCCCAGGAACGGCGAGGCAGACCCCCCAGAGACCAAAAAUGAGGGUCUGCCUGGUCGUUGCUGGGCCCCCCGGGCUGCCCUGGAGUGCCAGCUAAGCGCCUGA